AUGGGAAGUGGGGAGACUGAGUGGGAGGUGCGGAGUGGAGAGUGGGAAGGAAGGAGCAGCGAUAUUGAAUAUCAGGAUUGUGAUAUAGCUUGUGGAGAAGUGUCUUCCUCGGUUGACGUGGUGUGGUGGUGCCAGGGUGUGGCAGUGGUCCUGGGGUGUGGCAGUGGCCCCAGGGUGUGGCAGUGGUGCAGGACAGUGGUGCUGGAGUGGUGGUACAGCGCCAACCCUCCUGCAGAAGAGAGCGCAAUGCCACGGGGGGCUCAGUCUCCCAGAAGGACGCAGAGUGUUUAUGUGGGAGGUAGUGGAUGUCGUCUAACCUCACCUGACUUAUUGUUGUUGACGUCAGAGGCUUCUACCCCGCCCACACCACGGGAACGACACACUCACUCAGUUGUUGUGUCUCGUCCUAUUAGCUUAGCCAGUGAUGCCCAUGCUGCUGCCUACCUCUACUCCUGCAAUGCUCCCUAUGCCAGGUACUAUGUCAGUACGCCUUCACCGUGUUUAGGCGUAACCUGCAGGAUGAAGGAAGCUGAACGUUCUCCUUCUCCGGGUGUGGGCACGGGCCGUGCAGGACCCAGAGGGUCGGUGGCAUCACUGAGCUCACUAGGUGGCAGUGUGCAUGAUGAACUGUUUCGCUCUCCACGACAUGCAGAGGCAGCUUUGCGUCGUAUGGAAGCAUACUAUGCCCGGGGCCAGCUCUGUGAUGUUACAUUGGUGGCAGGAAGUCGCCGCAUUAGAGCUCACCGACUGGUGCUGAGUGCGGCGAGUGAUUACUUUGCUGUCAUGUUCACAUCUCCUGUACUUGAGGCCACCCAGGAGGAAGUAGCCAUGAGAGAUAUGGACUCAGAUGCUCUCCUCACCCUGGUCAACUACUGCUACACAGGUAAGUCUCUCUCACUUUGAUCUGCUAGUUGGUUCUACAAAAUUUUGUCACUGAUUCAGUAUACUGUACUGUAAACCAGUGGUGUCAAGCUCAAAACCUUUCGAGGGC